AUGAACCCGAGCCAAAAGGAAGCGGUUGGGCAAAUCUUCGAGACGGGUGUGGGGCUCAUGCAGGGUCCACCUGGGACGGGGAAAACUACAGUUUCCACUGAGGCGAUCCACAUGAUCUACAAGAAGACCGAUGCCGUGAUCCUCAUCGUGGCUUACACCAACCAUGCUCUAGACCAGCUCCUCGAGAAGUUGAUGAAAAAGGGCGUCAAAGAGAUCGUGCGUGUAUUAAGGCUUCCCCUAAUCCAUCUUCUGAAGCAUCGCAGACUUGUCCCACAAGGGGGAAAUAGGUCUAAGAUGAAUCUUGCGAUGGAUAAGGGUGAGCACUAAGUGUAGGUGGAAGGACCAAAUCCACGAUGCUCAAGCCCUUACAGCUGAACGAAAUGGCGAGAAACGGCACGACCUCUCCGUCAUCGUCUGGCAUAGUGGGAGGCGUCACCGGAGUCGGGAAAACAAGUCAAGUUGCAAUGAGACGGCGGGCAGCAAAAUUGUACGAAAAACGUGAAGAGGCUCAGGCGAAGAAAUACGAUGGAAUGGGCGACCUUCGAGAUACCGAUUUGAGCUACGGCGCGCACAAAUGGGACUUGCUUGAGCCGUUUCUGGAGGAGCGCGAGCCUGAAAUUUUCGAGGAAUUGGAGACUGCGGCAGGUGUCGGCGAGGACGGCUUUGAAGUCGUCGGCAAAGAGGGAAAGCGGCUGCCGCGUCACUACAAGUGGCACUUGUGGCGUAAAGGUCUCUCGCAUCCGGGAACAGGAGUUCAUGAUGCGUUGCCGGCAUCUAGUGUGUGGAAGAAAAGCUUCGCUGAGCGCGAAGCGCUAAUGCGUGACUGGAGUUACGAGCUUUUUCGCGAGAGCCGUGAGAGCGUGGCAGAGGGACUUGUGGAAGAGCGUGAUGCCUCGGCAGCACUUAGUCGGCUGCACGAUGAGCCCAAGAUUCCGCUAUUGAAGGGGGCGCGUGUCAUCGGCUGCACCACGACGGGCUGCACCAAGUACGCUUCAUUGCUAGCGAGCGUGAAGGCCAAGGUCUUGGUCACAGAGGAGUCUGGCGAGCUGCUGGAGGCACACACUCUGGCCUGUCUCGGACCCACCGUGCAGCACCUGAUCAAGAUCGGCGAUCAUAAGCAGCUAAGACCAAAAAUCGAGAACCAUGCGCUUUCUGUCGUGUCCGGCAACGGCCACGACCUGAACCGUUCCAUGUUCGAGCGUUUGGUGCUCAGCGGGCACGAGCACUCGAUGUUGCAAGAGCAACACCGCAUGCACCCAGAAAUCUCUCGCAUGAUCAUGGAUCUCAACGUCUAUCCUGAGCUAAAGAAUCACCCAAAAACCGAAAGCCGUCCAAUCCUGCGUGGGGUGUCUCAGCGCGUCACGUUUAUCGACCAUCGUGAGCUGGAGAAGCAGAAAAAUUGGAAGGUCCAGCAUGACGAGGGGAGGAGCAACCCCUACGAAGCGGAGCUCGCCGCGUACGUGGCUCGGUACUUUACGCAGCAGUCCUACGACGAGAACUCCAUCACAGUGCUCACGCCUUACUUGGGUCAGGUCGUGGAGCUCCAGAAGCAACUCGUCAAAGUCCUUGACGUUCCGAUCGACAUCAAUGAGCGGGACCUGAAAGACCUGGACGCCGCAGGACAAGAGCAGCCUGACAACAAAGAGGCGGCUGUUGACAACAAAGAGGAGAAUAGCAAGAAAAAGAACAACUCUAGCAAAGUGCGUCUGCCUGGCCCGCCCGUCGGCGACUCUGAGCGCAAGGUGCGCGUUAGCACCAUUGACAACUACCAGGGUGAGGAGAAUCACAUUGUGAUCAUCUCGCUUGUGCGCAGCAACGAAGACAACGUGAUUGGCUUUCUGAAGGAGCCAGAGCGGCUCACGGUUUUGUUGACUCGUGCACAGGAAGGGAUCGUGAUUAUCGGCAACGGCCAUUGUCUCCGCAACGCGAAAAACCGCGAUGCAGCGCAAAUGUGGGAGAAGCUGCUCGCCGGGCUUGAAGCCCGCAAUGAACUUCACAAGGGACUUCCAGUCAAGUGCGCACGCCAUUCGCGCGGAGCAUUGCUGUGCACCCCCGUGGAUUUCCAGAGUUACGCGCCCAAUGGCGGAUGCACCUUCGAGUGCGGCCACAAGCUUCCGUGUGGUCAUCACUGUCCGCUUCGCUGCCACAGUUUCGGCCCCGGACACGAAAAUGUGCGGUGC